AUGGAGAGUAAUCGAUCGGAUGAUACUAGUCAAAGCAUUCCGGAAGUCAAGAUAACUGCUAGUAAUAGCUGGUUGACUUCAAUAUGGCGAAAUUUUUUGGACUUUUCAAACAUGUUUAAAGCUUUUAUUGGUACAAAUUAUAUGGGAUUACCUUUCGGUAUCGCUCAAAGUGGACUUGGGCCUGGAUUAGCCAUCAUGAUCAUUGUAGCCGUCAUCACAGAUCACUGCUGCCACUUAAUUGUUGAUUGUAAGAAGAUCGUUGUUGAUCGAUUGGUAACUCGUCGUAUAAUUAAAAGUAAUAAUGAUACAAACUAUCAAAAUACCACCGAAAUCGUCUCGGAGCAGUCUGUACGUGAAGAAGUUGAAACCAAGCUAACUUAUGGUGAUAUUGGACUAGAAGCGAUGGGUGUAUGGGGUUUGAGAUUGGUUAAUAUCGCCUUGUUAAUAUCGCAAUUUGGGUUUUGCAUUAAUUACAUUAUAUUUCUUGGUAAUACUUUGGGGACGAUAUUUCCAAUUGAAGCAAACUAUACUAAUACUUCGGUAUAUUACCUGCAGAUUGAAGAUCGUAACACAAGUAAUAAGAGUCUGUUAAUACAUAAUUUGCCUUCUGGUCAAUCAACGCAGCCGGCUUUUGUCUUUCUAGCUCUAAUACCAUUGCCUCUUCUAAUUUUGACAUCUUACUCACGAAAUAUUCGACAACUUGGAUUUUCAAGCGUUGUCGCUAAUUCAUCUUUAAUGGUUGGCUUCAUAAUGGUAUUAGUCUUUAUCCUUCGAGAUUUUAAGGUUCACUCUGGCAUCAAAUGGGUUAACUGGGCUACUUCAUUUGUAUUUUUUGGACAAAUGACUGGAGCAUAUGAGGGAAUUGGAACAAUAAUACCUAUUGAAUCUAGCAUGAAAGGCAAUAGGCAUCGUUUCGGUUUAAUGCUACAUCUAGCAAUAGGCUUUAUGACUUUAUGGUUUAUUGCACUUGGUAUUUUGGGCUACUUACGUUAUGGAAAUGACGUUAAUCAAAUUAUUUUAGAAAGUUUACCUCGUAAUAAUGUCAUCUAUAAGAUUGUAACUAUUUUUUUAUGCGUUGGAGUCGUUUUUACAUUCCCGCUACAAGUGUUUGUACCAAUUGAAAUUCUGGAAGAUCCUACUUGUAAAUUUUUCAAUAAGUUGUGGAGAAAAUGUGUAUAUACCAGUAGCACUCAUCACGAUACAAUUAGCGAUCCUAGUCAACCACUUCUACGUGGUGAUCUCGGUUCAUCAAGCCCUACUGCUAUCAAUAAUACAAGUUUAUUAUGCAGGAACGGAAAUUCAGUAAAGGAAUUGUUUUUAAGAAUGACUAUGUUUACUUCUCAAGCCUUAUUGGGGCCCUAA